UCUCGAAAACCCUCCCAGUUUUGAGGCGUGGAGAGAAGUUGCAGUCUUUCUCUGUCACUCGCUGCUGUGCUUUCUAAUCGGGCGCUACGUGGCUUGAGGAGGCUCCGGUUUAGCUAUGUCCGACACAGGCGGAGGAGACGAUAGCUCCGCCAACCUCGAAGUGUCGGCUGCUGUGCAAAACGUGGCAGACACGUCUGUUCUGCAGAAGCACAUUGGCAAACUUGUGCCGCUGCUGCUGGAAGAUGGCGGCGAGAUCCCGGCAUCAUUGGAGUCCGCCCUGGAAGAGAAGAGCGCGCUGGAGCAAAUGAGGAAAUUCCUGUCCGAUCCGCAGAUUCACACUAUCCUAGUGGAGCGGAGCACAUUGAAGGAGGAUGUUGGCGAUGAAGGAGAAGAAGAGAAGGAAUUUAUUUCUUACAACGUUAGCACUGAUAUUCAUUAUGGAUUGAAAUCAAACAGCUUGGCGUUUAUUAAGCGCACACUUGUAAUUGAUGCAGACAAACCUAUUUCAUCUCAGCUUCGGGUUCUUACACUUAGUGAAGACUCCCCUUAUGAAACAUUACACUCUUUUAUCAGCAAUGCAGUCGGCCCAUUUUUCAAAUCUUACAUUCGAGAGUCUGGGAAAGUGGACAGAGACGGUGAUAAAAUGGCUCCUUCUGUUGAGAAAAAGAUAGCAGAGCUUGAAAUGGGCCUCUUGCAUUUGCAGCAGAAUAUUGAAAUACCAGAGAUCAGUUUACUGAUUCAUCCAAAUAUUACUAAUGUUGCAAAACAGUGCUAUGAGCAGGGAGAUAAACCAAAAGUCACAGAUUUUGGAGACAAAGUUGAGGAUCCUACAUUUCUCAAUCAGUUACAAUCCGGAGUUAACCGCUGGAUUCGAGAGAUACAAAAGGUGACUAAAUUAGAUCGAGAUCCAGCAUCAGGAACUGCUGUGCAAGAAAUAAGCUUUUGGCUAAAUUUGGAGAGAGCUUUAUACCGCAUUCAGGAAAAACGAGAGAGCCCAGAGGUUCUCCUUACCUUGGACAUCUUAAAACAUGGCAAACGUUUCCAUGCUACAGUGAGUUUUGACACAGAUACAGGCCUUAAACAAGCUUUGGAAACGGUAAAUGAUUACAAUCCUCUGAUGAAAGACUUUCCUCUGAAUGAUUUGUUGUCUGCCACAGAGCUUGACAAAAUAAGACAAGCCCUUGUAGCAAUAUUCACUCAUCUCAGAAAAAUCCGGAACACAAAAUAUCCUAUUCAGAGGGCAUUACGUCUAGUGGAAGCCAUCUCGAGAGAUCUCAGCUCCCAACUUCUUAAAGUUUUGGGAACAAGAAAACUUAUGCAUGUUGCGUAUGAAGAGUUUGAAAAGGUCAUGGUCGCCUGUUUUGAAGUUUUCCAAACUUGGGAUGAUGAAUAUGAGAAGCUUCAGGUUCUUCUGAGGGACAUUGUCAAAAGAAAGCGAGAAGAAAAUUUAAAAAUGGUCUGGAGAAUUAAUCCUGCUCAUCGGAAACUACAAGCCCGCUUGGAGCAGAUGAGAAAAUUUAGGCGACAGCAUGAGCAGCUGAGGGCUGUGAUUGUUAGAGUUCUCAGACCACAGGUCACAGCUGUUGCUCAGCAAAUUCUGGGAGAAGUUCCUGAACCCCAGGACAUGAAAGUAGCUGAAGUACUUUUUGAUGCUGCUGAUGCGAAUGCAAUUGAAGAGGUAAAUCUUGCAUAUGAGAACGUCAAAGAAGUAGAUGGUUUAGAUGUUUCCAAAGAGGGCACAGAAGCUUGGGAAGCAGCCCUCAAGAGAUACGAUGAAAGAAUUGACAGAGUGGAAACAAGGAUCACAGCCCGUCUACGAGAUCAGCUGGGCACAGCUAAAAAUGCUAACGAAAUGUUCCGAAUAUUCUCAAGAUUCAAUGCUCUGUUUGUCCGACCCCACAUCAGAGGAGCAAUUCGGGAGUAUCAAACACAGCUUAUCCAGCGUGUAAAAGAUGACAUUGAAUCCCUUCAUGAUAAGUUUAAGGUGCAGUACCCUCAAAGUCAAGCAUGCAAGAUGAGUCAUGUCCGGGACUUGCCACCAGUGUCUGGUUCUAUUAUAUGGGCUAAACAAAUUGACAGACAAUUGACUGCCUAUAUGAAGCGUGUGGAAGAUGUUCUUGGAAAAGGAUGGGAAAAUCACGUAGAAGGGCAGAAGUUAAAGCAAGAUGGUGACAGCUUCCGUAUGAAGCUCAAUACUCAAGAGAUUUUUGAUGAUUGGGCUAGAAAAGUUCAGCAGAGAAACCUUGGAGUCUCUGGUCGUAUUUUUACCAUUGAAAGCACACGUGCCCGUGGGCGAACAGGAAAUGUUCUAAAGUUGAAGGUCAACUUUCUGCCUGAAAUUAUAACGCUCUCAAAAGAAGUUCGAAACUUGAAGUGGCUUGGGUUCCGGGUUCCACUGGCGAUUGUUAAUAAGGCUCACCAGGCAAAUCAGUUGUAUCCCUUUGCAAUAUCUCUGAUUGAAAGUGUGCGUACGUAUGAACGCACUUGUGAAAAAGUGGAGGAGCGCAACACCAUUACCCUACUGGUUGCUGGCUUGAAAAAAGAAGUACAAGCUUUGGUUGCAGAAGGGAUUGCAUUGGUUUGGGAGUCAUAUAAGCUUGACCCUUAUGUCCAGAGGUUGGCAGAGACUGUUUUCAACUUUCAAGAAAAGGUUGAUGAUCUUCUUAUUAUUGAAGAAAAAAUUGACUUGGAAGUUCGGUCACUUGAAACUUGUAUGUACGAUCACAAAACCUACUCUGAAAUCUUAAACAGAGUUCAAAAAGCCGUUGAUGAUUUGAACCUUCACUCUUAUUCCAAUCUUCCCAUCUGGGUCAAUAAACUUGAUAUGGAGAUUGAAAGAGUUUUGGGAGUUCGUCUUCAGGCUGGGUUGAAGGCCUGGACUCAGGUCCUAAUGGGGCAAUCUGAUGGCAAAGCAGAUGUUGACAUGGACACAGAUGCUCCUCAAGUUAGUCAUAAACCAGGAGGAGAUCCAAAAAUCAAAAAUGUUGUACAUGAACUUCGAAUUACCAACCAGGUUAUUUACCUGAAUCCACCAAUUGAAGAUUGCAGGUAUAAGCUUUACCAGGAAAUGUUCUCAUGGAAAAUGGUGAUUCUUUCACUGCCAAGAAUUCAGAGCCAAAGAUAUCAGGUUGGUGUCCAUUAUGAACUAUCAGAAGAAGAGAAGUAUUACAGGAAUGCACUGACACGAAUGCCAGAUGGUCCUGUAAGUCUCGAAGAAGCUUACUCUGCUGUUAUGGGAAUAGUAACUGAAGUGGAACAGUAUGUUAAGGUAUGGUUACAAUACCAGUGCUUAUGGGAUAUGCAAGCAGAAAACAUCUAUAAUCGUCUUGGAGAAGAUAUGAAUAAAUGGCAAGCACUACUGGUUCAGAUCAGAAAGGCCAGAGGAACAUUUGACAAUGCAGAAACCAGAAAGGAAUUUGGACCUGUAAUCAUUGACUAUGGAAAGGUUCAGUCUAAAGUGAACUUGAAGUAUGAUUCCUGGCACAAAGAGGUCCUAAGUAAAUUUGGUCAAAUGCUUGGACAAAACAUGACCGAAUUCCAUUCUCAGAUUUCUAAGUCUCGUCAAGAAUUGGAACAACAUUCAGUUGACACUGCCAGUACUUCUGAUGCCGUGACUUUCAUUACAUUUGUGCAGUCUCUGAAAAGGAAGAUAAAGCAGUUUGAAAAGCAAGUAGACCUGUACCGUAAUGGACAGCGUUUGCUUGAGAAACAAAGAUUUCAGUUCCCGUCUUCCUGGCUCUAUAUUGAUAACAUCGAAGGAGAGUGGGGGGCAUUCAAUGACAUCAUGCGUCGUAAAGAUACUGCUAUUCAACAACAAGUUGCAAAUCUUCAGAUGAAAAUUGUUCAAGAGGACAGAGCCGUGGAAAGUCGGUCAAUUGAUUUGCUGACUGACUGGGAGAAGACUAAGCCUGUAGCUGGGAACCUGCGUCCUGAAGAAGCUCUUCAAGCACUGACAAUUUAUGAAGGAAAAUUUGGAAGACUGAAAGAUGAUCGUGAAAAAUGCGCUAAAGCAAAAGAAGCACUAGAACUUACUGAUACAGGGCUCUUAAGUGGCAGUGAAGAUAGAGUUCAGGUAGCUCUGGAGGAACUGCAAGAUCUGAAAGGUGUUUGGUCUGAACUUUCUAAAGUAUGGGAGCAGGUUGAUCAAAUGAAGGAACAACCCUGGAUUUCUGUACAGCCUCGUAAGUUGCGGCAAAAUUUGGAUGGGUUGUUGAACCAGCUAAAGAAUUUCCCUGCCCGUUUGCGGCAGUAUGCUUCCUAUGAAUUUGUUCAGAGACUCCUAAAGGGUUACAUGAAGGUUAAUAUGCUUGUCAUUGAGCUGAAAUCUGAAGCUCUGAAAGACCGCCACUGGAAGCAGCUCAUGAAAAGACUUCGUGUGAAUUGGGUUGUGUCCGAACUUACACUUGGACUGAUCUGGGAUGUAGAUCUGCAAAGAAAUGAAGCAAUUGUUAAGGAUGUUCUCCUUGUUGCACAGGGAGAAAUGGCGCUGGAAGAAUUCUUAAAGCAGAUUCGGGAAGUGUGGAAUGCAUAUGAAUUGGAUCUAGUCAAUUAUCAAAACAAAUGUCGCCUGAUUCGUGGCUGGGAUGACUUGUUCAAUAAAGUUAAAGAGCAUAUCAACAGUGUCUCCGCUAUGAAGCUUUCUCCAUAUUACAAGGUUUUUGAAGAGGAUGCUUUGAGUUGGGAAGACAAAUUGAAUCGGAUUAUGGCUCUUUUUGACGUGUGGAUUGAUGUUCAGAGACGAUGGGUAUAUCUUGAAGGCAUCUUUACAGGAAGUGCAGAUAUCAAGCACCUUCUUCCUGUUGAAACACAGCGGUUUCAGAGCAUCAGUACAGAAUUUCUGGCACUUAUGAAGAAAGUCACCAAGUCUCCUCUUGUCAUGGAUGUUCUGAACAUACAAGGUGUGCAGCGAUCUCUAGAAAGACUGGCCGACUUGCUAGGCAAGAUCCAAAAAGCUUUGGGAGAAUAUCUGGAAAGAGAGCGUUCAUCAUUCCCUCGAUUCUACUUUGUUGGUGAUGAAGACUUGUUAGAGAUCAUAGGCAACAGCAAGAAUGUGGCCAAGCUACAAAAACACUUUAAGAAAAUGUUUGCAGGUGUGUCUAGCAUCAUCUUAAAUGAAGACAGCUCUGUAGUCCUGGGAAUAUCAUCACGGGAAGGCGAAGAGGUGCUCUUUAAAACACCAGUAUCCAUCACUAGACAUCCAAAGAUCAAUGAAUGGCUGACUUUAGUGGAGAAAGAAAUGAGGGUGACCCUGGCAAAACUGCUUGCAGAAUCAGUCACAGAAGUAGAGAUAUUUGGAAAAUCCACAUCAAUUGAUCCUGCAGCUUAUAUCACAUGGAUUGACAAGUACCAGGCACAGCUUGUAGUUCUCUCUGCCCAGAUUGCCUGGUCAGAGAAUGUGGAAUCUGCUCUCAGCAGUGUAGCAAUGGGUGGUGGAGGUUCAAGCCCUUUGCAGUCUGUUCUGACUAAUGUUGAGGCUACUCUUAAUGUUUUGGCUGAUUCUGUACUGAUGGAACAACCUCCACUUCGUAGAAGAAAACUGGAACAUUUGAUCACAGAAUUGGUUCACCAGCGGGAUGUUACACGAACUCUGAUAAAAAUCAAGAUUGAAGGCUCCAAAUCCUUUGAAUGGCUGAGCCAAAUGCGAUUCUAUUUUGAUCCUAAACAGACCGAUGUUUUGCAGCAGCUUUCCAUCCAGAUGGCCAAUGCAAAGUUCAAUUAUGGCUUUGAAUAUCUGGGUGUGCAAGAUAAACUUGUGCAAACACCACUUACGGACCGCUGUUACCUGACAAUGACGCAGGCUUUGGAGGCAAGACUUGGAGGGUCACCCUUUGGUCCUGCCGGUACUGGAAAAACGGAGUCUGUGAAGGCUCUUGGACAUCAGCUUGGGCGCUUUGUGCUGGUGUUUAACUGCGACGAAACGUUUGACUUCCAGGCUAUGGGUCGCAUAUUUGUUGGGCUGUGUCAAGUUGGUGCAUGGGGAUGCUUUGAUGAGUUCAAUAGACUUGAAGAGCGCAUGUUGUCUGCAGUUUCCCAGCAAGUCCAAUGCAUCCAGGAAGCCUUACGAGAACAUUCCAAUCCAAACAGAGACCAAACACAUACUAUCACGUGUGAACUGCUCAGCAAGCAAGUGAAAGUCAGCCCUGAGAUGGCCAUCUUUAUCACCAUGAAUCCUGGGUAUGCUGGAAGAUCCAACUUGCCUGACAACUUAAAAAAGCUUUUCAGAAGUUUGGCCAUGACUAAACCAGAUCGCCAGUUGAUUGCUCAGGUCAUGUUGUAUUCCCAAGGCUUCCGUACUGCAGAGGUGCUUGCAAACAAGAUUGUGCCAUUCUUCAAGUUGUGUGAUGAGCAGUUAUCCUCCCAAAGCCAUUAUGACUUUGGGCUGCGAGCUUUAAAAAGCGUGUUGGUAAGUGCUGGAAAUGUCAAGAGGGAGAGGAUUCAAAAGAUCAAAAAAGAAAAACAUGAACGUGGAGAAGUGGUGGAUGAAGGUGAAAUAGCUGAGAACUUGCCAGAACAGGAGAUUUUGAUCCAAAGUGUCUGUGAAACUAUGGUGCCCAAACUGGUCGCUGAAGAUAUUCCACUACUGUUCAGUCUUUUGUCUGAUGUUUUCCCUGGAGUUCAGUACCAUCGUGGAGAAAUGACUGCACUGAGAGAGGAGCUCAAAAAAGUUUGCCAUGAAAUGUAUCUAACAUAUGGGGACGGAGAAGAGGUUGGAGGCAUGUGGGUUGAAAAGGUUCUUCAGCUUUAUCAAAUAACUCAAAUUAAUCAUGGCUUAAUGAUGGUGGGUCCCUCUGGAAGUGGUAAAACCAUGGCUUGGAGAGUGCUACUGAAAGCUUUGGAGAGGUUGGAAGGAGUUGAGGGUGUGGCCCACAUAAUUGACCCCAAAGCAAUUAGCAAAGACCAUUUAUAUGGCACUCUUGAUCCAAACACAAGAGAGUGGACGGAUGGAUUAUUUACUCAUGUCCUGAGAAAGAUCAUUGACAAUGUCAGAGGAGAACUACAGAAACGUCAAUGGAUUAUCUUUGAUGGUGAUGUGGAUCCUGAAUGGGUUGAGAACCUGAACUCUGUAUUGGAUGAUAACAAACUUUUGACCCUUCCCAAUGGAGAGCGUCUCAGCCUUCCACCUAAUGUGAGAAUCAUGUUUGAAGUACAGGAUCUAAAGUAUGCUACUCUGGCAACUGUGUCAAGGUGUGGUAUGGUUUGGUUCAGCGAGGAUGUUUUGAGUACAGACAUGAUCUUCAAUAACUUUCUGGCCCGCAUGAGAAGUAUACCUUUGGAUGAGGGUGAAGAGGAAGCUCAAAGGAAGAGGAAGUUUGCAGAAGAUGAGGAAGAAGAAUCUUCUUCUCCAAUGUUACAGAUCCAACGUGAUGCUGCAACAGUUUUACAACCAUAUUUCACAUCCAGUGGGCUUGUGAUCAAAGCUCUUGAAUAUGCAUUUAAGCUGGAGCACAUAAUGGAUCUUACCCGCCUGCGGUGCCUGGGUUCUUUGUUCUCCAUGUGUCACCAAGCUUGUCGUAAUAUUGCUCAGUACAAUUCCAACCACCCAGAUUUCCCAAUGCCAAUUGAUCAGCUGGAAAGAUAUAUUCAGCGCUACCUUAUUUAUGCAAUUCUGUGGUCUUUCUCUGGAGAUGGACGCCUAAAAAUAAGAGCAGAACUUGGUGAAUACAUAAGAAGAAUUACAACCAUACCCCUCCCAUCUACACCCAAUAUACCUAUAAUUGAUUAUGAGGUAUGUAUCAGUGGUGAGUGGCAGCCCUGGCAGUCUAAAGUUCCUCAGAUUGAAGUUGAAACCCACAAAGUGGCUGCCCCUGAUGUGGUUGUACCAACUCUGGAUACUGUUCGACAUGAAGCGCUGCUCUACACAUGGCUUGCAGAACAUAAGCCACUUGUUCUUUGUGGUCCUCCUGGCUCUGGCAAAACGAUGACACUCUUCAGUGCCCUGCGAGCACUCCCUGAUAUGGAGGUUGUUGGAUUGAACUUUUCCAGUGCUACUACCCCAGAACUACUUAUGAAAACAUUUGACCACUACUGUGAAUACCGACGUACACCAAAUGGUGUUGUGCUGGCACCUGUGCAGCUUGGAAAGUGGUUGGUGCUGUUCUGCGAUGAGAUAAAUUUACCAGAUAUGGACAAAUAUGGAACCCAGAGAGUCAUUUCUUUUAUCCGACAGAUGGUAGAACAUGGAGGUUUCUACAGGACCUCUGAUCAAACAUGGGUGAAGUUAGAAAGAAUUCAAUUUGUUGGAGCCUGUAACCCACCUACGGACCCUGGAAGAAAGCCCUUGACUCAUAGGUUCCUGCGCCAUGUGCCGGUGGUGUAUGUUGAUUAUCCAGGACCUGCCUCAUUGACUCAGAUAUAUGGAACAUUCAACCGGGCAAUGCUGAGACUUAUUCCUUCUUUGCGAACUUAUGCAGAGCCUCUUACAGCUGCAAUGGUGGAGUUUUACACCAUGUCACAGGAGAGAUUCACACAAGACAUUCAACCACACUAUAUAUACUCGCCUCGUGAAAUGACCCGUUGGGUGAGAGGAAUUUUUGAGGCAUUAAGACCACUUGAAACACUGUCCGUUGAAGGGCUGAUUAGAAUCUGGGCGCAUGAAGCUCUUCGUCUCUUCCAGGACAGACUUGUUGAAGAUGAAGAGAGACGUUGGACUGAUGAAAAUAUUGAUAUAGUAGCCUUGAAACACUUCCCUAAUGUUGAGAAAGACAAAGCUUUGAACAGACCGAUUCUCUACAGCAACUGGCUUUCAAAGGAUUAUAUUCCAGUUGAUCAGGAGGAGCUGAGAGAUUAUGUUAAAGCACGCUUGAAAGUUUUCUAUGAAGAAGAACUGGAUGUGCCACUUGUAUUGUUCAAUGAAGUACUAGAUCAUGUCCUCAGAAUUGACAGAAUUUUCCGACAACCCCAAGGUCAUUUGUUGCUUAUUGGGGUGAGUGGAGCUGGCAAGACUACGCUUUCACGUUUUGUUGCUUGGAUGAACGGGCUGAGUGUUUACCAGAUUAAGGUUCACCGAAAAUAUACCGGAGAAGAUUUCGACGAAGACCUCAGAACUGUGCUGAGACGGUCUGGUUGUAAAAAUGAGAAGAUCGCUUUUAUAAUGGAUGAAUCCAAUGUGUUGGAUUCUGGCUUCUUGGAGCGCAUGAACACUUUGCUGGCCAAUGGAGAGGUUCCUGGAUUAUUUGAGGGUGAUGAAUAUGCUACCUUAAUGACACAAUGUAAAGAAGGUGCACAAAAGGAAGGCUCAAUGCUGGAUUCACAUGAAGAACUGUACAAAUGGUUUACCAGCCAAGUUAUCCGAAACCUCCAUGUUGUUUUUACCAUGAAUCCAUCCUCUGAAGGAUUGAAAGAUAGAGCUGCUACGUCUCCAGCCCUCUUCAACAGGUGUGUGUUGAAUUGGUUUGGCGAUUGGUCCACUGAAGCCCUAUACCAAGUUGGAAAGGAAUUUACAAGUAAGAUGGAUCUUGAAAAGCCCAACUAUAUUGUGCCAGACUACAUGCCAGUUGUGUAUGACAAGCUGCCGCAGCCACCUUCUCACAGGGAAGCUAUUGUCAAUGGCUGUGUAUUUGUGCAUCAAACCCUUCAUCAGGCAAACACUCGGCUUGCAAAGAGAGGAGGCAGAACUAUGGCGAUCACACCACGCCAUUAUCUUGAUUUCAUCAACCACUAUGCAGAUUUGUUUAAUGAAAAACGCAGUGAACUGGAAGAGCAGCAGAUGCAUUUGAAUGUAGGUCUGCGGAAGAUCAAAGAAACUGUCGAUCAGGUUGAAGAGUUGCGCCGUGACUUAAGAAUAAAAAGCCAGGAGCUUGAAGUAAAAAAUGCUGCAGCCAAUGACAAACUAAAGAAAAUGGUGAAAGGUCAGCAAGAAGCUGAAAAGAAAAAGGUGAUGAGCCAAGAAAUCCAGGAGCAGUUGCACAAACAACAGGCAAUUAUUGCAGACAAACAAAUGAGUGUAAAGGAGGAUUUAGAUCAAGUAGAACCUGCUGUUAUUGAGGCUCAAAACGCGGUGAGCUCAAUAAAACGACAUCACCUUGUUGAGAUAAAAGCAAUGGCUAAUCCUCCUGCUGCUGUAAAACUGGCCCUAGAAUCUAUCUGUCUCCUUUUGGGUGAGGAGAUGACUGACUGGAAAAAAAUCAGGACAGUUUUUCUCAGGGAUAAUUUCAUCGGCAACAUUAUCAACUUUAAUACUGAAGAUAUAAGUGAUGUUAUUCGUGAAAAGAUGAAGAAGAACUAUCUAUCAAACCCAAGCUUCAAUUAUGAACUUGUAAACAGGGCUUCCUUGGCAUGUGGUCCUAUGGUAAAAUGGGCAAUAGCUCAGUUGAACUAUGCUGACAUGUUGAAACGCGUGGAACCUCUGAGGAAUGAGCUACAGAAACUUGAAGAUGAUGCUAAAGAAAACCAACAAAAAGCAAAUGAAGUGGAACAGAUGAUUCGAGAUCUUGAAGCCAGCAUUGCCCGUUACAAGGAGGAAUAUGCUGUGCUCAUUUCUGAGGCUCAGGCUAUCAAAGCAGAUUUAGCAGCCGUAGAAGCAAAGGUAAACCGUAGCACAGCUCUCUUGAAAAGUCUGUCUGCUGAACGUGAUAGAUGGGAAAAAACAAGUGAAACCUUCAAAAAUCAGAUGUCCACUAUUGCAGGCGAUUGCUUGCUUUCCGCAGCUUUUAUUGCCUACGCUGGCUACUUUGACCAACAGAUGCGACAGAACUUGUUCACAACUUGGUCACAUCACCUGCAGCAAGCCAAUAUUCAGUUCCGCACAGACAUUGCAAGAACUGAAUAUCUGUCCAACGCAGAUGAGAGACUACGGUGGCAAGCAAACUCUCUACCUGCAGAUGAUUUGUGCACAGAAAAUGCCAUUAUGUUGAAACGAUUUAACAGGUAUCCUCUGAUCAUAGAUCCAUCAGGUCAAGCAACAGAAUUUAUUAUGAACGAGUACAAGGAUCGCAAAAUAACACGCACAAGCUUUUUGGAUGAUGCUUUCAGAAAGAACUUGGAAAGUGCUCUGAGAUUUGGUAACCCACUCCUUGUUCAGGAUGUUGAGAGCUAUGAUCCAAUUCUAAAUCCUGUACUAAAUCGGGAAGUACGGAGAACUGGUGGCAGAGUAUUGAUUACUCUAGGAGACCAGGACAUUGAUUUGUCUCCCUCUUUUGUCAUCUUCCUUUCAACCCGAGAUCCAACAGUUGAGUUUCCACCAGACCUCUGCUCCCGUGUGACAUUAGUUAACUUCACAGUGACGCGCAGUAGCUUGCAGAGCCAGUGUCUGAAUGAAGUUCUUAAAGCUGAAAGGCCUGAUGUAGAUGAGAAACGUUCAGAUCUCCUUAAACUGCAAGGUGAAUUCCAACUUCGUUUGCGCCAGCUAGAGAAGUCUCUGCUGCAAGCACUUAAUGAAGUGAAGGGCCGUAUAUUGGAUGAUGACACCAUUAUUACCACAUUAGAGAACCUGAAGAAGGAGGCGGCAGAAGUCACACGUAAAGUAGAAGAGACCGAUCUUGUUAUGCAGGAAGUUGAAAAUGUCUCUCGGCAGUAUUUGCCUCUCUCCUCUGCUUGUAGCAGCAUUUACUUUACUAUGGAAUCACUCAAGCAGAUACAUUUCCUGUACCAGUAUUCUCUUCAGUUUUUCUUGGAUAUUUACCAUACCGUACUGUAUGAGAAUGGGAACAUGAAGGGAACCACAGAUCAUACUCAGCGCCUCUCUGUCAUCACUAAGGACCUUUUCCAGGUCGCCUUCAAUAGAGUUGCUCGGGGCAUGCUUCACCAGGACCACAUAACUUUUGCCAUGCUUCUUGCAAGAAUAAAACUGAAAGGGGCUGUUGGGGAACCUGUAUAUGACCUUGAAUUUCAGCAUUUCCUAAGAGGAAAGCAGAUUGUGAUUGGUUCAGUGUCUGUGCCCAAAAUCAGUGGAUUAACAGAGGAGCAGGUAGAAGCCAUGAUGCGACUCAGCAAUCUGCCGGCAUUUAAGGAUAUAAUCUCAAAGGUUGAAGCUGACGAUCAAUUCUGCAUAUGGCUAGAGAGCAGCUCACCUGAGCAAACCGUGCCAUAUAUUUGGAGUGAAGAAAACCCUGCAACACCAAUUGGACAAGCUGUUCAUCGCUUGCUACUCAUACAAGCUUUUCGCCCAGAUCGACUGCUGGCCAUGGCACAUAUUUUUGUUUCUACAGUUCUUGGAGAUUCUUUCAUGUCAAUCAUAGAACAACCUAUUGACUUGGCACAUAUUAUAGACACAGAGGUUAAACCCAAUACCCCAGUCCUCAUGUGUUCAGUACCUGGAUUUGAUGCCAGUGGACGAGUCGAAGAUCUGGCAACUGAGCAGAACAGUCAGAUCACAUCAAUUGCUAUUGGUUCAGCCGAAGGCUUUAAUCAAGCAGAAAAAGCUAUAAAUACAGCUGUAAGAUCAGGAAGAUGGGUGGUGCUGAAGAAUGUUCACUUGGCACCUGGAUGGUUAAUGCAGCUGGAAAAGAAACUGCAUUCUCUGCAGCCACAUGCUUGCUUCAGGCUGUUCUUGACCAUGGAGAUUAAUCCCAAGGUACCUGUGAAUCUGCUCCGAGCUGGACGUAUCUUUGUCUUUGAACCACCUCCUGGUGUAAAGGCCAACAUGUUGAGAACAUUCAGCAGUAUCCCUGUUUCGAGGAUUUGUAAAUCUCCCAAUGAGCGUGCUCGAUUAUAUUUCCUCUUGGCUUGGUUCCAUGCUAUUAUCCAAGAACGGCUGCGCUAUGCUCCUUUGGGCUGGUCUAAGAAGUACGAAUUCGGUGAAUCUGAUCUCAGAUCUGCUUGUGAUACUGUUGACACCUGGCUUGAUGACUCUGCAAAGGGCCGUCAGAACAUUUCACCAGAUAAAAUACCAUGGUCAGCCUUAAAAACUUUGAUGGCCCAGUCUAUUUACGGAGGGCGGAUUGAUAAUGAAUUUGACCAAAGGCUACUAAACACAUUCCUCGAACGACUCUUUACAACUUCAAGUUUUGACAGCGAGUUUAAAUUGGCUUGUAAGGUUGACGGACACAAGGAUAUCCAAAUGCCGGAUGGCAUCAGACGUGAUGAAUUUGUUCAGUGGGUGGAGGCUCUCCCAGAUACCCAGACCCCCUCCUGGCUUGGAUUGCCUAACAAUGCAGAAAAAGUUCUUCUCACAACACAGGGCAUUGACAUGAUUGGUAAAAUGCUGAAAAUGCAAAUGCUGGAGGAUGAAGACGACUUGGCUUAUGCAGAAACUGAGAAGAAACAAAGAACAGACUCCACGUCUGAUGGUCGUCCGGCCUGGAUGAGAACGUUACACACAACUGCUUGCAACUGGCUUCAUGUGAUCCCACAAGCCCUCAGUCAUCUGAAACGUACAGUGGAGAAUAUAAAGGAUCCCCUGUUUAGAUUCUUUGAAAGAGAAGUAAAGAUGGGGGCGAAGUUACUCCAUGAUGUGCGUCAGGACCUUACGGAUGUUGUUCAAGUGUGUGAGGGAAAGAAGAAGCAAACAAAUUAUUUGCGCACACUCAUCAAUGAGCUUGUAAAAGGAAUACUGCCUCGCAGCUGGUCCCGUUUUACUGUUCCUGCUGGAAUGACUGUCAUACAAUGGGUGGCAGAUUUUAGUGACCGAAUUAAGCAACUGCAGAACAUUUCACAAGCUGCGGCUAACAGUGGAGCAAAGGAACUGAAGAACAUUCACGUGUGGCUUGGAGGUUUGUUUGUGCCUGAAGCUUAUAUCACCGCAACACGUCAGUAUGUGGCUCAGGCAAACAGCUGGUCUCUUGAAGAGUUGUGUCUGGAAGUCAGUGUUACAACUGCACACAAUGCUGUUUUCGAUGCUUAUAGCUUUGGAGUGACUGGCCUGAAACUUCAAGGAGCAACUUGUACGAACAACAAGCUGAACCUCUCAAAUGCCAUCUCCACGGUGUUGCCCAUUACACAGCUACGCUGGAGCAAGCAGACACACACGGAGAAAAAGGCUAAUGUGGUGACACUACCGGUUUAUCUGAAUUUCACCCGCGCCGACUUGAUUUUCACAGUUGAUUUUGAAAUCGCCACCAAGGAAGGUCUCCACAGUUUCUAUGAACGGGGUGUGGCGAUCCUGAGCACAGAGUAAAGAAAGGCUCGUGUUAGUGGCCAGUGCUUAAUGUAGAUCACCGAGUAUUGAUGGUGAAGUUCAACAUGUCAGAAGGUAAAGAAGCAGGAAACCAUAUUUUAGGGCUUUUGGAAAGUGGAUAAUAAAGAUGUUUUUAUUGCAGUUGCAGGAAGAGAUCGUUGUAGCCAAGUGAAAGAAGGAAAUUGGGAGGUUUACAUUAAAAAGGAAAAUAUUGGGAGUGAUUUCAGAUUUUUUUACAUUGUCUAACCAUGCAUGUUUUACCCGAAUAAAUGUUUAAAGCAUUAA